CGGGUGCCCCGAGUACUGUGCUGGCUCCCUUCGGGGCUUUUUUUCCCCUUGUUUUUUCAUUGCGGUGUGUGCCAUCUGCAGGAUCCCAGCGCGGUUCUUGACAAGCCGCCUCUCCGCGUGCAGCACCGCGUCCCCUCCGGGGCUGAGGAGAUCGGCCGCUUUGUCCCAGUGCUCUUCGUGCCCAGCCUUUACACGCGUAACGCUAGAAGCGUUCCAUGUGGAACCCAGGGAGCCUGAAGGAGACUGUGAAGCUAGUGGAAUGAUUCCCUGUGUAGCUGAAACUAUGUUGGUUGGCUGCCGCUAAUGGCAUGGUGAGAUGUGUUGAAGAGCAGCUGCGAGGGUGUCCGACGGCAAGGGGACUGCUCUAGAAGCUGGGCUUGCAACAUCAUGGGCCAGUGUGUCACGAAGUGCAAGAAUCCUUCUUCUACGCUUGGCAGCAAAAAUGGGGAAAGGGAAUCUGGCAGCAAGUCGCAUAGUAAGAGAAGUGCAGUCCAUAAAGACGACCAUGGUUCAGCUUGCGGGAAGUCUUCAGGAGAUAUACUUGUGAAUGGGACAAAGAAAACGGAUGCUGCUGUAGAGUCCAGUCAGCCUCCAACAUUUUCUGGAGAUACAAAGAAAGACUCUGUUUCGAGCGCAGAAGAAUCUUCGCUCCAAAGGAUCGGGGAGUUAUUUAGGAGGUAUAAGGAUGAACGGGAAGAUGCCAUACUGGAAGAAGGAAUGGAACGAUUUUGCAAUGACCUCUGUGUUGAUCCCACUGAAUUUAAAGUGCUAGUUUUGGCUUGGAAAUUCCAGGCUGCUACCAUGUGCAAAUUUACAAGGAAGGAGUUUUUUGAAGGCUGCAAAGCAAUAAACGCGGACAGCAUUGACGGCAUUUGUGCAAGGUUCCCCAGCCUCUUAAAUGAAGCCAAGCAGGAAGAUAAAUUCAAGGAUCUCUAUCGUUUCACCUUCCAGUUCGGCCUGGACUCUGAAGAAGGACAGAGGUCGCUACAUCGGGAAAUAGCCAUUGCCCUUUGGAAAUUAGUCUUCACCCAAAACAAGCCCCCCAUUUUGGACCAGUGGUUACACUUCCUAAUCGAGAACCCCUCAGGAAUCAAGGGAAUCUCCCGGGACACGUGGAACAUGUUUCUAAAUUUUACUCAGGUGAUUGGACCGGACCUUAGCAACUACAGCGAGGACGAGGCCUGGCCGAGUCUCUUCGAUACCUUUGUGGAGUGGGAAAUGGAGCGAAGGAAAAAGGAAGAGGAAACCAAAUGUAUUAUGUCUUCGGACACAGAGGGCCUGUGUGCGGAGGAACAGACUUAGCGGCGUCGAAGCAGCAGUGACGAAAGCAACUUGUUGCCCUUCAUGAAAUGUAAACUCUGGAUGUUUCUGGAAAUUACCGAGGCUCCAGAUUUUUCUACUUUACACCUUUUUCUGCCUUGUCUUUGAAAGGGCUCUAAAAUGCUGUAUCAUGUUUUAGGCACUUUCUUAAUUUUGGUUAUUCCUUUUACUCUUGCCCUGAAAUAUUUGACCCUGGCUACAAGUUAAGCAUUUUUGGUUUGUUUUUUUUUUAAGACUUCAGAUUAGUAUAAGUAAGUCUGAUAUUUCUUGCACAAUGUAGAUCUUUUUAGUUAGGUUAAAUUAACAUUGCUAAAUUAUACAGUGCCAGAUUAAGUUUUUCAUACUACAUCUGUCAGGGCAGGUCUGUACUGUGUGUAGUGCUGUUUACAUUGUUGAAAUUUUAGGCUGUAAUAACUUUAAGGUUUUAUACCAAGAUGAACAGCAGUGUUAACUGUUAACUAUAAAUGCAUUAAUCCCCCAGUAAUAAGGCUCUAAAAAACAACAUAAGCAACAGCUUUUUGUAAUAUGGCUAAUUCCCAUUUUAAGCUGACUCACUAAGAGUGAAUGAGUCCAGAUCAUUCCUUUUUUUGGAGUUUCAAACUAAAUGUCGGGAUUGUUUUAUAAAAUUACUGUACCUGUCAGUCAACUGAGUGGUAGAUGAUGAUUUAUAUCUAAAUCUCUUACACAUCAUGUAAUAAAAGAGCAGUACUACCUCAGUUUUAUUGGAAGUGGACUUCUUGAUGGACUUCCAUUUUCUCUGGAAGUUGUAUUUUUGUGGUUACAUGAGAAUAUUUUUACUUGACUAAAAGAACCAAAGGUUCUGCUUCUUAAGUUUGCUAAGCAUUGACAGAAGCAGCACACAAACCCUAAGUCUUCAAGGAAAACUGUGGUAUAAUUCUGCUUUAAUUUGUUUGAUUUAUACCUAAAGUAUUAUCUUACUUGUCUGGCAAGCACAGUACUUCUAUGUAAGAAACUAUCUUUUGCAUUAAUAUUGACGAACCAAUUUUUUAAAACCUGUGUUUAAUUGCUAAAUCGCAGUUAAUACUCCGCUCUUUCUGGAGCAACAAUAUCGGCAUCUGAUGACAAAGUGAAUUCUUAAUGUGUUCUUAAUGACAACAGUGUAGAUGAGUCAUUUUUAGACUGAUUUGAUAAUAUUUGGAUAGGAGUCAAUUUAUUAUUUUACAAUGCCUGUAUUGGGACUAUUUGCCUGUUGAAACUGUUGUGACUUAAAGGGAGUUUUAUUAACACUGGUUGAAACUUUUUUGGUUAUUGAUGCUACCUUUUUUAAUUUUAGUAUGUCAACUUUUUUACACCUUUUGGUAAAAGGGAUGAUUGCCAAGGCUUUCUAUAGAGCUCAGUACUGGCUUAAUGAAUUUGAUACACUUCCAUUACACACCUUUUAUUUUCAGAGCUGCAUUUCAGGAUCGUAAAACGGCUUCAAUUAAAAAAACAAACCAAAACAAAAAAAACCUGGACAGUCACCCAUAGCAUCUAAUGGCUUUUAUGAUAUAAGGGUUUUAAAGCUAAAGGGAAACAGAUUUUAAGUGGCGAGCUUGUCACUGGAUCCAGGAUGGCAUGCUUUGCACAUCUGCUGUGCCCCACAGGGGUUAGCAGAGAGGGGAGGAGGAUCUGCCCGAAUUCUGUCACUGGCUUUGCUGGUGUGCAGCCUAUGCAAUAGCUUGGGUCUGAGAUCGUAAAUCACUAACAAAAUGUGGGUAUUGAAAACUGCUUAAAAACAAACCCACAAGCCACAGAUAGCAUCUCUUUCAUCUAAUAAAAGGAGAGUUUGGUCCAUGCUGCUUCUGCAGACUCUUACUGGGAGACGUGUUAAGCUGUGGAAAACAAAUGUAGUUGUUCCAGAUGCAGCUGAGUCUGUCCCUUUGCAGGAGGGGAGCCCUGAACUUGCUGUAUUAUAGGGAAAUAUACCCAAAGCUUUGGCCUUGCUACUAUAACCUUCCAAGUUACCAUGGCACAAGCACUGUUUGGCAGCAAAACCUUACUCUGAUUUGGUGACCAAAGCACUUGUGCUGGUAUAACUGAAUUUAUGAUGAGACUUUUGCUGGUGCUGUUAUUUUAAAAGAGGAAAAAAAAUUCCCCAACAGAGGCUACUUUGUUAGCAAAAGUUCCAAAUGGAGACCCGAUUUGAUAGUAAAUGUGAAGACUGUAUUUAUGAGUUUGAGACUACUCAUUCGUUCAGCUAUCAAACUAUUUGUUCCUCACUUCAUUCUUUUUUCCUAAAGGGAAUUUAAAAUGUCCAGAGUGUGAAAACGUAACCAUUCAAGUGGAUAGCCAGUGCAUGCACAUGCACAUGAAGUCGUGGCAGUGGCUGCUACUGAUUUAUACACCAAACUGCAGCAGCUCCAAAGGGUGAGGGAUAGAGCUCUUUAAGGAAGGUGUUUAUCUUGUGGUCUGAAUGUGGAUUGCAGUAAGGAAAUAAAUUUGUAGCACAUCAAGGCUUAGCCCAUUUCAGUGCAUCAAAUGUAUUACAGCUUCUUUUUAAAGACGGAGGUGAUGAAUAUACACUAAGGGAAAAAUCUUAUUUCCUCUUGGGGAAAGGACAUGCAAUUCUCCGUGGCUUAAGUCCUGUGCUUUCAGUACGAGAGGACAGCCUUGCUCUUGUUCUGCUGCUUUCAGCCUGGCAGGAGCAACUCCACCUGUCGGGUAGAAUACUUGCAGAAAUAGCCAAAUGAUCUAUCCAGCAAAGUACCAUUUAUUUUUAGCCUAACUUCAGUUUUUUAAUUACCAUUUACAGAAUGCAGGCCAGACCUGUAUCAGUUUUAAACUCCUGAACCAGGAGCUGAAGGUGCAACUCUUUGCUGAAAGUGAGAGAGGACAUCAGACCUUCGCUUGGAUUGCCUGGUGAUUUUUGUGAUCCUAAACGAGAAUAGACCGUACUCUGUAACGCUGGUGUACCUGUGUGAGAGUGGGGUUUUGUACAUGUUUCUGAGAAGUCUUUAACAAUAUUGGAGCCUCUGAAAAUAUGCUUGUUUAAUGGUUAAACUGUGAAUAUCUGUGGAACAGGCCAAAUACAUUCACUCUUCAUUUUUAUAUAAUUUAAAUCUUUAUUGUGUAGGGCACAGGACUGUAGUGAGCAGCAGUGCUGCUGGAAUCCUUGAAACCAUUGCAACUAUUUAAUUUUUUUUAAUUAGAGUAUGCAUUAGAAAACUUGAUGCAUGUAGUGAAUCUGCUGCAACUUGGGAUAAAUAACUAUGGAUAACUAUAUAGAUAGUUUUAGUAACAUACUGAAAAACUGGUCUGACAUCCACACUCUGUGGCAUUUUAUUGCCUUCCCUUAUACGCAAAGAAAUAUAACUCCUGUAAACUUUACUCCUGAGAAAUAAAACACUGACCACCUGCACCAUAUUAUAGUUUGCAGCACCUUUAAAAUUUGGCUCCCAGAUCAACUGGAGGCUCAGUUGUGCUUAUUUUUACUUGUGUGGGUGCGUUUCUGAGGUCAAAGACUAUUUAUUGAUUCAACUAAGGAUUUGAAAGGUUCCGCCCAUAGUUGGCCAU